AUGACCCGCCAUGGCGACCCGACCAGCAUGGACCACGCCUCGCCAACGCCCAACCCCAUCGGCGGCGGCAGCUUUGUCGACGCCGCAAAGAUCCGCAUCCUCCUCACCCCCGUCGGCGACGUGUCCCCCGCAGACUUUGCACGCUGGUCUCAGCACGUACGCAACUUUGACAUCGUACGCUUAAAGCACCUCCCCGGCGCCGCAGCCCGCAAGUGGCCCGCCCACGACUCGCCGCUGCGCCAGGUCGGCGAGGUCCACCUCUCGUUCGUCACGUCCACCGACCCCUCGCACUCGUUUCUCGCGCCCUUCAACCUGAACAGACAGGUCCUCGGAGUCCUCGGCCUCAGCACAUUCGGGCCCGGCUCCGAUACCGAUGCCCUCGAACGCACGCCAGGCGCACUCCGCGAGCUGCAUCCGGGCGCCAUCGUGCACCGCGUCUUCGGCUUCGACAAUGGCGCCACUCGCCCGCAGACCAUGGACCUCUCCUCGGUCCAGGACGUGACAGCCAAGAUAGAAGCUGCCGGUGCCAGCACGCCUGGUGCAGCGGACGACAGCAGACUCCCGCCCCAAGCGGCCGGCGAGGCACGCGGAGGCAUGCCACGCUCCGUCUCGGCCAACUCGAUCGCCUCCGAGGUAUCCAGCGAAGGUGGCUUCUCCGGCCGCAACGCCGGCGGCCUCGUCAUCUUUCCCGCCGUGCGCAAGGACGCAAAGGACGUCAACUUCUACCUCCGCACGCUGGUCGCCGAGCUCGUCGCAUCGAUCCUCGACGGACUAGAUGGCAUUGUCUCUGCGCUCGAGGGCACCCCGCUCGAGACGCCCCGCGAGACGCUGGACGGUAUCGUCUCGCCGACCCGGUCCUCGGCCAGCUCUGCCCUCCAGGCCGUGACGAGCCCGACUGCAUCGUCCUUUGGCACCGCAGCCAGCACUGCCGCCAGCCGGGCUUCGGCUCUGUUCAGCUCCUUUGGUGGGGGCGGCAGCGGCAGCGGUAGCCCGACCACCAGCGUUGGCGCCAGCAGCAUGGGAACUGGCGGUGGCACCAUCACGCCUUCAUCCUCUUCGACUGCAUCGCGUCCGGUCUCGGCCAUCGGCGGCGGCUCACAGCCGGACAUGGGCCUUCCCACCACGCCGUCGUCGCUCAACGACGCCAAGAGGCGGACCAUCCUCUCGCCCGUUUCCACUGGCAAGAAGGGCAGAAAGACGUCGAGUGCCGGCGGAGUGGGCCCAACCGGGACCGGCCGCUUCGCCAAGGUGCGCGCCGACUUCCACCUCCUGGCCGGCGACCUGUGGACCGCGCUCGAGGGCUACGAGGCCUCGCUCAACUUCCUCGGCAAGGAGCGCGCCCUGGCGGGCGGGCAGGAUGCCGUGUGGUACGCCAGCGCGCUCGAGGGCUGGGCAGUGGCCAAGGUGCUCGUUUCGCGCAUGGGCGGCGAGGUGCUGGAAAAGGCGCCCGCUUUUGACCUGCCUGCGGGCGUCGCCGCCGCCGCCUCGGCCAACAGCGGCAAGGACAAGGACCGUGACAAGGACAAAGACGCCAGGGACGCUGCUCCCUAUGCCAAGCAGGCGUGGGGCGAGAUCGCAGAGGCCUACUCGCUGGCGCUGGCCAUCUACUCCAAGUGCCUGGCGCCGCCCCACGUGCUGCUGGAGCCGGCGCGGUCGGUGACCAACGAGACGCCGCGCGACUUUACGCAUCCGCUCAUCCAUGCCGGCGCCUGCAUCCAGUACUCGCGCUUCCUGCUCGCCGUCUGGGCUUCGGCCGGAUGGAACGGCGAGUGCUUCGACCAGCUCCUCUACGGCGGCGUGCCCCCCGCGCUGGCCGAGGAGACGCGGCCCAGCCAGGGCACCUUUACGCGCAUGAGCGCUCUCUCUGGCGUGCAGCGGCACGACAUCGCCUCGGCCGCGUCGUCGGCCUUGACACAAUCGGUCGCGGCGCUCAAGGCGACCGACCAGAUCACGGUGCUCUGCACGCUGACGAGCCUGUUUGGCUGCAUCGGCUUCUCGCGGCGCGAGGCCUACCUGCUGCGCCAGCUCCAGGCCGUCAUCGUGUCGCUGCUGGCCAAGUCGAUGUUGCAACGAUCGCGGCAGCCGACGACGACCACGUUGCCGUUGCUCUGCGACGCCGCUGACGACGAGCUGCUCGGCACCAUCGUUUCGCAGGUCAGCCACGAGACACUGCGAUCGGGUCCCGAGGCCAUCCUCGUCCUUGCCAUGCAGGUCUGCGAAACGCACGGCGUUCACGUCGAAGUCGACCCGUUGAAGAAUGUCCCGGCGUACCACAUCCUCUCCCGCGCUGGAGAGGGCCUCCGCAGCGCCUACACGUCGCCCAACCCCGGCAGCGCGCGCAUGGACGGAGCUAGUUCCGACCUCUGGGGCGCCGCGGCCGCACGAGGUGCAGCCCAGCUCGGCUCCACCAGCGGUACGGACGCCACGCCGAGCCGGCUCGAGCUCGAGAGCGAGGCACGCUUCGGGUGGCCCGAGCAGCAGGUGGCGCUGCUCAAGGACACAAUCGCAGUGGCCGAGAUGCUAGGCGACAAUAUCGGCAUGGCCUUCUUUGCCGCCAUCCUGCUGCGCGACUACCAUGCGCUCCUCUCGCCCGACGAGCAGUGGCGCGUGCACGACGGCCUGGUCAGGGUGACUGCCAGUGCGCGAUGGCAGGGCGCUCAGGAUCUCCAGGUGCGGUACUGGGGCCCCGCGGAGCCGCUGUGCAGCCUCCAGUUUGUGCCGCUUCAGGGGCAUCGCUUGCCAACGGAGCGCGCACUCAAGGACCUCGAUGCCAGCCCGAGCUCGGCCGAUGGAGCUGCCGCCCAGGAGGGUGUCGCUGGGCUCGACAAUCCCUUCUUCUGGAACCCAGCGACCGGAGCGUCCCGGACGGGCGGCAAGGACAGCGUGAUGGCGGUGGCGGGCGAGCCGCUCGAGGUGAUGGCCACGCUGCAGAACCCGUUCGCCUUUGACCUUGAGGUCGAGACGAUCCGGUUGGUCACUGAGGGGGUCGGGUUCGAGGCGGCGCCCACUCGCACCGUGAUGCCCGCCGGUGCGUUCCACACGAUCCGGCUGAGCGGCACCGCGGAGGCGUCGGGCAUGCUGAGGAUCAAGGGCAUCGCUCUUGCCCUGGCCGGAUGCAGCGAGGAGACGUUCCUGCUGCCCAUCUACGACGAGCAGAGCGAGCGAGAGCGUCAGCAGCGCGCAGCCGAGGCGGUCGACAAGCGGACGCGGAUCAAGAAUGUCGGGCUCGACGCGCGGCCGGCCGUGGUCAAGCACCGCGAAACGCUGGCCGCCGCCAAAGCCGAGGCCGAGGGAGGUGACAAGGCCAAGCGUCGCACCGCCUCGAACCGGCCUCAGGCCGAGCCCCGCUACCUCGAAUGCCGGGUCGCCCCGCCGCAGCCGCUCCUGCGCGUCGAGUGCGCCGCUCUGCGCUACGGCACGCUGCACCUGUUCGAGGGCGAGCGCAAGACGCUCCGCCUGAGGAUCACGAACACGUCUUCGGAGGUCGCCGUCGACUAUGUCAAGCUCUCGUUCAGCGACAACCUCUCCGAGACGGCCAAGCAGGUGCUGCUCGAAGGCGAUCUGCUUCCCUCGGACGCACACGAGCUCGAGUGGGACCUGCUGCAUCGACCUGUCUUGCAAGUCCGGUCUAGACCGUCGUCGUCGUCGUCGUCGUCGUCGGUGUCGCGGUCGCCGCCGCCGCAACCAGGCAGCCGUCAGCACCGCCUCCAUAUCCCGCCAGGCCAGGCUGCGACGCUCGACGUCGACGUCCUCGGCAAGCUCGAUUGCUCUGCGGGCCGCAUCACUGUCGAGUACGCCAGCCUCGCCGGUCUGGAGAUCGGCGCAUCGGCCAAGCAGCCUGGGUUGGGCGACAAGUUCUACACGCGCUCCCUCACCUUGCCGCUCAACAUCACCGUCCAGCCGCUGCUCGAGUGCGGACCGAUCGAGGUGCGGCCGCUGCGGGCAUCUGAGGCAGCCAAGUUGACGGCCCAGAGCCUCGCGCUGGCCGAGCCCGGUGCAUCGGUACCUGCCGGUAGUGGCAGUGGCAGCGGCCGUAGCCUCGACACUGCAGUGGCUGGGCCGGAAGCGGGUGCCGACCUCGAAAACGCGGUGCGCGAGUCGAAGCAGGUGGAUGCGAGCGUCGCUGCCGAUCCCGACGGCUUCUGCCUGCUGUCGAUGGACGUGCGCAACGUCUUUAGCGAGGCCGUCGCCGUCAAGUUUGCGCUCAACACUGGCGGGCUCAAGAAGCUCGAUGUCGAACGCACGCUGGCUCCGCAGACGACGUCGCGGUUCGUGUUCCCCUUCCCGCGCCUCUGGCUGGCGAGCGCGACGACGCGGCAGGCGAUCCCGACGCUGAGCCGGCGCCAGUUUAUCGUGUCGAAGCUGGUGCUAUCGCCGCGCGACGAGAGGCAGGCGCGACGCCGGUUCUGGUACCGCCAGGAGCUGCUGGGCCGCUUCCGCGCAGAGUGGACGGUCCUGCCCCGCGCGUCCGCGUCCUGGGGUGCCGUCGAGGAAGCGGGCAGGAGGGGCAAGAGGGUGGGCGAGAUAGGUCUGAGGGAUCAGGUGCUGAGCGACGUCGAUGUCGCCGCGCUGCAGCGGGAAGGCGUCAAGGUCGAGUGCGCCUUUCUCCCCGCUGCCACGCCCGGGCAACCUGGCUCGCCCAACGGCGACGACGCCGGAAGGCAAGAGGACAAGACGAAGACGAGGACGGGUCGACGACCCGAAGAGGUGAUGGUGCAGCGCGAAACGACGGUGACGAUCCGGGCGACGGUGCACAACCAGAGCGACCGACCACUCAAGCUCCUCAUCCGCUUCGUCGCCGUCCCGUCGUCCUCGUCUUGCUCAUUGGAGAGCAAGGUGGAGAGGGAGAGGGAGGACGCCAUCCUCUCUUCGUGCAUCAUCUGGACCAAUGGCAACGCCAACCAGAGAAUCACGCCCUGGCCCCUCGCUCCCCCUCGCCCUGUCGCUGCCACUGCGACCGCGAGCGCGGAGGAAAGGGCCAAGGAGGACGAGCAAGGGGUGGCGACGGUCGAGAAAGAGGUCAUGUUCCUCUCGUCUGGCCUCUUUUCGUUCUUGGUCGGCGUCGAGGAGGUCGUUGAUCGUCCCGCCUCCACCGCGGCAGCAGCAGCAGCAGGACGAGGGGGAGGGGAAGAGGAGGGGCAGGAAGAGGAAAAAGUCGUCUACGUCUCUGGCCUUCCCCUCCAGGUCGUCGUCGUCUAG